AUGGUUUUUCUCGAGUGGAUUCUUGACAACUCCAAGAUCAAGAAGUUCAGCAGUUUACAUGAGAGCUGGAGGCAAUGGUGCCAGCUCUACCGCAAAACUGUAGGGAGAAGUCUUCAUGCCAAGAGUUGUCAGGAUAUCAAUGAUUACAUGAAGGAGCAUCUAGUUACAAGUUACAAUCUCGACAUGUCUGUUGGGGAGAAGCCUGUAAUGAACGUUGAUGAUUUGUACAUCGUUCUCCACCACCAUUGGACAAGAGACACAACCCCCUAUCCCGAUGGUCGUCAAAUAAUUCAACUCGCUUUCCUACUUCUGGUGUCAGCAUAUACCGGUAGUCGACCAGGAGCGCCGGUUUAUGUUGACCGAAACGAGCGGACUAAUAUCCAGCAUUUCUUCGGUGGUGCAGAUGAAAUUGAGGGACACGACGAAGAUUGGGACUUCAGAGAAGAUGAUCUAAAAACACUUUGCUACGGUCAGAUUAGUUGGAUUCUACUCCCAAACCCUGGAGGUAUUUGUGACCAUCUUGUGAUGGAAAUUGAUUUGAAGCAAACUAAGGGUCAUCAUACCAAACCAAAGAGGUCAGUGAUUGCAAGGCUUUGUUUUACGCCAAGCUAG